AUGGCGUCCCCGGCCACGGUUCCGUUUACUUCCGUCGACACCACCACGCGACAGCUGACCAGGGACGAGGUGGAGUCGCCGAGCAUCUCCAGCGCAAAUGCGCUUGCCCGCUACGAGUACGAAGCGGGCCAUGCAAAUGCCACCACGGGCACCAAGAUUCUGAUGGUCGAGUGGGAGGACGACGACACAACGCGGGGAGUGCGGGGAGACUGGCACAUCUCAUGGGACGGCAGCACACGGGUCCUGCCCGCCAACGACCAGUCGGCCAACGACGUGCAUCGCAUGUACUUUUUGCUGCCCCCGGGCGUCGCAGUACCCACCAGCAUUACACUCACGCUACGACCGCAAGACGGUACCCGGGCUCCUGUUGUCUGGCAUACAAAUCCCCUUCCGGCAUUGUUCCCGCCAGAGCUAGGGGCAUCGGCGCGGGCAGCGGGCAAGAAGGGUGUCCUGCACACCAUUUGGGCAAAGAAAAGGCUGCAGGUACUACAAAAGGAGAUUGAGGCAGAGUCACGCACCAACGUCGAGGGUGUCGGCCUGCUCAUGGCUGUGCAAGAGAAGGAGUGGAUUGAGUCGACAUUCGGAGUCAAUGCCAAACCCGCAGGCCUAAGUAUCUCACUUGGCGAGCCCGUGCUGGCACCGAUGAAGGCACCUUCUAGCCCACGGUCACCUGGCGGGGGCCGCCUCAUGGACAAGCUGGCAGGACUGCGACUAGGCACGAGUGAAAAGGACCUCUCACCCAGCAACAGUACGCCGGGCUUCUCCAAUCCCCUAUCGCCCGAAUCUUCAGACAUUGCUAUUAGUUCUUUUGCAGCCUUCAAAGGCGCAAAUCCAGCUAGCCUUGCGGCAAAGCCUCCGCAACCACCCCAGCAGAGUGCUGGAAUGGGCUCGUUAAACGCUCUGUCUGGCCCAGCGCCCGUUUUUCAAUCUCGAGGCCCACUGGGGUCUGCAGACGACGAUGACAAGGACGAUGGACUCUUCGCGUUGCCUAUCAGCCCACGGAGCCCGGAAGUAGGCAAGAGUCCCUUCUCAUUUUCAGCCAGUGACACGGCAUCUUUUUUGAAAGAAGAAAGUGCUGCGUGA